AAUCUGUCUUGAAGUUAACGUCGACGUCAAGAAGUGUGAUUCAUAUAUAGCCUGGAUUUUGUUCAUCGACCACGUCGAGUGUCGCAAUAAGCAAGGCUCGCUCAAGACGACGGUCGCAUACCUUGAAGCUCACACCGGCUUCUGGCACACCUGGACUAAACUCAUCUUCGUAUUCCCAUUCGUCUUCCUCGCCCUUAUCUUCGUCGCGAACUACAUCGUGCUGCAAACUACCAUACAUAAGUUCGUGCGACUUGCUUACCCCCGCAGACACUGGCGCACACUCUUCCAAGACAAGUUCUUCUGUAGUGUCUACACUGCCGUCAUCACCACAGAAAUCUUCACAAAGUUCUGUCGUCUCUGCUGCAUCGAUACCUUCUAUGCGCAAUCACCAUCGUCCACGGGAACGCGACUUGCUCUCCGAGAAUCGUAACCAGGAACUGAGUGCAGACGAUGAUGAAGAUACAACCAAUGUUAUAUAUGCUGCCAGACGCACUCGAAGCAGUCAAGACAUACACCGUCACGCAAAUACACGAUCAGCGAAGGAUUCGCGAGCGAGUGGGUUUCAUGCAUUCCUAAGCGUGGGCCUUGGCUGGCGGAGGCCCAAGUCAGAGCAGAUAACGACUGCUCCAGGACAAUUAGGUGCUGGUGAAACUGAAACCGAGGCUGACGAACCUCCGCGACAUCUUCCGACGACGCGUAUCCUACCUGCCUCAGGUCCAUUAGUUCCACCAAGCACUCUGACAACUCUACUUUUCGAUGUAUCGCGCCUCUUGUCUGUUGUCCCUGCUUCAUUAGGCGCGCUAAUAAAUGCCUGGUGUGUGUGGAAACCUCCAGGUCUGGACUCAGAACACUUCGCUCCCGGAUCAUGCUCUCGAAUAAAUCAAGAGCAUGAUAGUUGGGGUCGUAUCGCCCUGCCGGACAGAGCUGAUUAUCUCCUGGCUGUGCUUUGGGUAAGGUUUUGGCUUUUUGGGAUGGUUAAUCUCCCAGUUGAUAUUUCUCAUCUACAGGCAUUACUGACAGCGCACCAAUGCCUCCAGUUAACAACCGGACUCCUUCACCGGUGGCGUGCCUACUACGCCCCUUUAUCCACGCUUAUACGCCUUCUCGCUUUGCAGGCCAUUUGUUGGCCUGCGACCCACUUUACACUUGACAUCCUUGGCGGACUAGGUUUUAAUGUCGAUGUCGCAUCCUAUACACUAAAUAUCUUGGAUGGCACACUGCUGCGUUGGACCACAAUACGUCCGGAUGUAUGCUGGGCUGUUAUAGGGACGACGACGUGCAUUUCUCGCAGCAUUCAAAUAUGGGUGACAAGCAACCUUCUCCCAUCAGAUACAAGCACUCGCGCAUCGGCAGUCCCUGAUCGUCUACGGCCCCAUGUGAAACUUAAGAGCGAGGAGACACGCAAAUUGGUUGGGCGCCGGUGGGAUUGGGGUAUCGUUGCAAAGGUCUGCAUAUUACCUGCAGGGUGUUUGUAUUUUGUCAUGGCGUGGAUUGGCGCAUGGAGAAGGGAGACCUGGGGCUGCUAGAGUUACAGGUCACUUCCAUUUAUACCUGCUGUGUAGUUUUAUGCAUCAAUAUCCCCAUAUGUUGAAUAUACAUCACGCCAUAAGUGCAGUG